GGGGCGUUCGUCUAUUCGGUGAUCUCCUGCGCCGUCUUCUCGCUUGAUGUCUCCCGAGCGGCGGCGGCGGCGGCGGCGGCGGCGCCGGGUCGAAGGCUGUCUAGUCCGCGAGGCCCCCGCUCUCAAGCUGCUUUCUCCCGCCGGUCGGCGGAGCGGACCCCUCGCUUCCUUCUUGCCUCUCCUUUUAGUGCGCGGCUCAGUCCACCCGUUGGACUGCAAACCGAGCCCCCGCCCGCCUCGCAGAUUUCCAUGAGGACACCUUCUGAGGAUCUGCAUGGCCUCAGCUUAGCCGCUUCGGUGUGUGGAGCUGUGGCUCGCUCCCCCUCCCGUGCCUGGUGUGACUGUGCCUGCUGGGCGCCAUGAAGGUCGUUCCAGAGAAGAAUGCUGUCCGGAUCCUCUGGGGGCGAGAACGGGGCACUCGGACCUUUGGGGCUCAGCGACUUCUGCAGGAGCUGGUUGAAGAUAAAACCCGGUGUAUGAAAUGGGAGGGCAAGAGAGUAGAACUGCCGGAUAGUCCACGCUCUACCUUUUUAUUGGCUUUUAGCCCAGACAGGACUCUCUUGGCUUCCACUCACGUAAACCAUAAUAUCUACAUCACGGAAGUGAAGACGGGCAAGUGUGUUCACUCUCUGAUUGGACACCGCCGCACGCCAUGGUGUGUCACUUUUCAUCCCACCAUCUCAGGCCUCAUCGCUUCUGGCUGCUUAGAUGGGGAAGUUCGGAUCUGGGAUUUGCACGGUGGCAGUGAAAGCUGGUUCACUGACAGCAACAACGCCAUUGCCUCCCUGGCUUUCCACCCCACGGCUCAGCUCCUGCUCAUUGCCACUGCCAACGAGAUCCACUUCUGGGACUGGAGUCGCCGAGAGCCGUUUGCCGUGGUGAAGACAGCUAGCGAGAUGGAACGGGUCCGUCUGGUGAGAUUUGAUCCCCUUGGACACUACUUACUCACAGCAAUUGUUAAUCCCUCUAAUCAGCAGGGUGAUGACGACCCAGAGAUCCCCAUAGACGGAGCAGAACUGUCGCACUACCGUCAGCGGGCCCUCCUGCAAUCGCAGCCAGUGCGCCGGACGCCUCUCCUCCACAAUUUCCUGCACAUGCUGUCCUCCCGCUCCUCUGGCAUCCAGGUGGGAGAGCAAAGCACAGUGCAAGAGCCUGCCACCCCCUCACCCCCACCGCCUCCCCCUCCGCCCUCCACGGAGCGCCCCAGGACUUCCGCUUACAUCCGGCUCCGACAGCGGGUCAGUUACCCCACAGCCGAGUGCUGCCAGCACCUUGGGAUCCUGUGCCUUUGCAGCCGCUGCUCGGGCACUCGAGUUCCUUCCCUCUUGCCACACCAGGACAGUGUUCCCCCUGCUUCUGCCAGGGCUACUACCCCUUCCUUUUCUUUUGUGCAGACCGAGCCCUUCCAUCCCCCGGAGCAGGCCUCGUCAGCACCGCACGACCCGGGCCUCCUGAGCCGGCCGUCUGCCUUCAGUACAGUCCAGAGCAGCACCGCCGGCAACACGCUCCGCAACCUCAGCCUGGGUCCCCCCCGGCGCUCCCUGGGAGGCCCUCUGUCUGGCCACCCUUCCAGGUACCACCGGGACAUAGCCCCCGGGCUGACGGGAUCCGAGUGGACCCGGACAGUGCUCAGUCUGAACUCUCGCUCCGAGGCGGAGUCCAUGCCCCCGCCCAGGACCAGCGCCUCGUCGGUGAGUCUGCUCUCUGUGCUGCGACAGCAGGAAGGUGGCUCGCAAGCCUCUGUGUAUACUUCAGCCACAGAAGGGAGGGGUUUUCCAGCCUCGGGGUUGGCAGCUGAGUCAGAUGGAGGGAACGGCUCCAGCCAAAACAACCCGGGCAGCAUCCGCCACGAGCUUCAGUGUGACCUGAGACGCUUCUUUCUGGAGUACGACCGGCUUCAGGAGCUGGACCAGAGCCUCAGCGGGGAAGCCCCCCAGGCCCAACAGGCCCAGGAAAUGCUCAACAAUAACCUUGAAUCCGAGCGGCCAGGGCCAUCCCACCAGCCCACCCCGCACAGCAGCGAGAACAACUCCAACCUGUCCCGGGGCCACCUGAACCGCUGCCGCGCGUGCCACAAUCUGCUGACCUUCAACAACGACACCCUGCGCUGGGAAAGAAGCGCACCGAACUACUCCUCUGGCGAGGCCAGCUCCUCCUGGCAGGUCCCCGGUCCCUUUGAGGGCAUGGCCGCGAGCGGCAGCCAGCUGCCCCCGCUCGAGCGGACUGAGGGCCAGACGGCCAGCUCCAGCAGGCUGGAGUUGGGCAGCGCUGCUAGCCCGCAGGAGGAGAGGACUGUGGGGGUGGCCUUCAACCAGGAGACGGGCCACUGGGAACGCAUUUACACCCAGGCCAGCCGAUCUGGAACUGUGUCACAGGAGGCCUUACAUCAGGAUCUGCCGGAGGAGAGCUCCGAGGAGGAUUCUCUCAGGAGGAGGCUGCUGGAGUCUUCCCUCAUUUCAUUAUCCCGUUAUGAUGGAGCAGGAUCCAGAGAGCACCCAAUUUACCCAGACCCAGCGAGGUUGUCUCCUGCUGCAUACUAUGCCCAGAGAAUGAUCCAGUACCUGUCCCGGAGAGACAGUAUCCGCCAGCGUUCCAUGCGCUACCAACAGAACCGCCUCCGUUCUUCCACCUCCUCCUCUUCCUCAGACAAUCAGGGUCCUUCCGUGGAGGGAGCUGACUUGGAGUUUGAGGACUUUGAGGACAAUGGUGACAGAUCCCGGCACCGAGCUCCACGCAACGCCCGGAUGUCUGCACCUUCGCUUGGACGCUUUGUCCCAAGGCGUUUCUUGCUGCCUGAGUAUUUGCCUUAUGCUGGGAUUUUUCAUGAACGUGGACAGCCUGGCUUGGCUACUCACUCUUCUGUUAACAGGGUCCUGGCAGGGGCAGUGAUUGGUGAUGGACAGUCUGCUGUGGCCAGUAACAUUGCCAAUACUACCUACCGGCUCCAGUGGUGGGACUUCACUAAGUUUGACCUCCCAGAAAUCAGUAAUGCCUCCGUGAAUGUGCUGGUGCAGAACUGCAAGAUCUACAAUGACGCCAGCUGUGACGUUUCUGCAGAUGGCCAGCUCCUGGCAGCCUUCAUCCCCAGCAGUCAGCGGGGCUUUCCUGACGAAGGCAUCCUGGCAGUGUACUCCCUGGCCCCCCAUAACCUGGGCGAGAUGCUCUACACCAAGCGGUUUGGUCCCAACGCCAUCUCGGUGAGCCUGUCCCCGAUGGGCCGGUACGUGAUGGUGGGCCUGGCCUCGCGGAGGAUCCUGCUGCACCCCUCCACGGAGCACAUGGUGGCCCAGGUCUUCCGGCUGCAGCAGGCGCACGGUGGCGAGACCUCCAUGAGGAGAGUUUUCAACGUCCUUUACCCCAUGCCUGCUGACCAGCGGAGACACGUCAGCAUCAAUUCUGCCCGGUGGCUGCCCGAGCCAGGGCUCGGCCUGGCCUACGGCACCAACAAAGGAGACCUGGUGAUCUGCCGACCGGAGGCCUCGAACUCUGGUGUUGAGUACUACUGGGACCAGCUGAAUGAGACGGUCUUCACUGUUCACUCCAGCAGCCGAAGCAGCGAGAGGCCUGGCACCAGCAGAGCCACGUGGAGGACAGACAGAGACAUGGGCCUGAUGAAUGCCAUCGGCCUGCAGCCCCGGAACCCCACCACGUCGGUGACGUCUCAGGGCACCCAGACUCUGGCCCUACAGCUGCAGAACGCGGAGACCCAGACAGAGCGGGAGAUACAGGAGCCGGGGACGGCAGCUUCAGGUCCUGGUGAAGGGCUCAGAGAGUCACAGAAAAGGCAAGAGGGACGCCCUACUGCAAACUCACAUGCCAGAGAACUGCCAGGGCCACCACCACCACCCCCUGCCCCCACCUGGGGUAGCUGUCUUCUCUCUCCAGCCCGGCCGAUCGGGAGGCCGUUACACACACGCGUCUUUCACGGCCGUUGGGGCUGCAGCCUGGCUCACGAUCAGCCCCUUCCUCUCAGCUGUGGCAGGCGUGGCUCGGCCGUGGCUCUGUGCUAGCCUCACGCUGCUGAGAACCAAUUAGCACCUCCCUGCGUAGCGCUCAGGCCCCCUUUGGAAUGUGUCGGCAGCUGUGUUAAAUAGGCUGUUCACACCCGGUCGGUCUCCUUGCACCCCACCCCGGCCCCUGGCUGCUCCCAGCUCCAGACACGGCAGCCUCCAGACAGUCCUGUCAUCUCUAGGUCUGUGGUAAGCCACCUGCUCAGGAGAGACCAGAAGACAGGUGUGCUUUGGGCAGAGGAGCAGAUCGGCGUGUGUCCCCUCAGGGCACAGCUUCUAUGCUGCAGCCUCGCCCUGGGCACUGUCCCGUGGCUGCCACGAGCUGCCACGUCUUGCAGCCACGUCCCUUUCCGUCUGUGGCCCGGGCGCUUCCUCCAUCUGUUGGAUGGAAACCCCCGGUGUGGGCGGAGCGGCCGGAGCAGCCCGAGCCUCACCAAGGAGGAGAGCGCGCCAGCACCUCCCGCCAGCCCCGGGCAGAUCCUGGUCUGGGAGGCCCCUCUGCCGUGUUCACGUGGCCCCUUCCUGUCCUCUGCAUCAGCUGCUGCGGCUAGAGACGGGCCUUGGUGCUUCCCCGAGGAGCUGAAGUCUAGAGCAGGAGGCAGGCACCCAGCGGGUAGUGACUUCUCGUGAUUAGGACCUCGGGGCUGCAGAGGAGGGGGAGCCGCACCCCGGCUCGGGGAGGACUCCUGGAAGAGGCGACCCUGAGCUGCACCUUCCGGGAUGAGGCGGAAAAUGCCAGGCAAAGUGGGGUGCGGAGGAGGACAGGCACUGCUCGCAGAGGGGACAGCACCUGCAAGGGCACCAUGCUCAAAACCGACAGUCUGCACCAAGGACCUCUGGGGGCCUUUUGUUUGUGGCCGGUCAGCGCUUGUUGAGAACUGAGGCUGGACGCGCGGGGAGGGCAGGUUACAGGAAGCUGGUUCUGGAGGGAGGCCUCCGCCCUGAAGGUCGAGUGCAGGGGGGCUGCCCACCUGAGAAGAAGGGCAUUCUCCCGUGUUUUCAUCUGCCAAAGAUGCCCUGGUUAUUUCUUGACUCGCAUCAGCUUGUUUCUGACCUCCAGUAAAUUAUGAUUGUAAGUGCCUUUCUUCAUGGUUGGGGGUGGGGAGGAUGAGCUGGCAGGAGGCAGAAGAGUCUCUUUUCCAGUUUCAGAAGCCAGAACUUCAUUCUCUCCCAGUCUCCUCCCCGCAAAGCAGAGCGGUUGGUGGAGGACAAGCCCUUCAGAGGCCAGAGGCGCUUUUCAGGGGGCAGUCAGGAGGGGAGCUGUGGCCGAGUAGCUGAGAUAGCUCACUGCAUCUCUCUGUGGCCCAACGACCUUAGCCUGGAGCUUUGGACCUCUGGCUUUGAAAGGGACAAGGUCAUAGUGCCUUGCAGAAAGCCCGUGCCUAGAAAGAAGGGGAGCAGAUGUGUGGGGCAUUGAGCAACAAGCCAGCCUCUUCUCUCCUGGGUCCGGGAGCCUCGUCCUGGGGUGCUUCGCCCUUGACUGCCAUCCACUGCUGCCGCUCUGGUAGGGGAAGCUGGAGUCGGGGUCUCCUCGGGCUCAGGCUUCCUCCCUGGUCUGCUUCCCCCAUCUAGCAGGCAGGCACGGCAGCUUUCUCUCUCUCUCUCACUCGCACACACAUUUCCCCUCCUCUCCCCCCAGCCCCCACCCCCAGUCAGCAAAGUAGUGGCCACAUCUGCAGAAGCAGUAGAAGAGACUGCUCGUCAAGCUGGUUAACUCUUCCUCUGGGCUCAGCUAGAAAGCAGGCCCUGUGGGAUUACCCCUGUGCAUCCCUCCACACGUCAGUGGCCCAGGCGCCUUAGGUGGGCAGCCGACUCCACGGCGGCAGUUGCCGUUCAGUGGCCCGUCUCUGAGCCCUGUCCCAUUGGCUAGCGCUGAAGGGUUCUCAGCUACUCCUCAUGUUCAUGUUGGAUAGGAAUUUUAUUAAAAUCCAUUCAGUUCUGCCUAGGACUUCCCGGAGGAGCCCUCCAUGGGGGGAGUUGGCAGGUGUUGACUUUUUUUGCUGGUCCAGCUUUAAAGCUUCCCUGCCCUGUCACUCCAAAAGCGAGGGGCGGCAUCCCGGGCUCUGCGUUUGCUCCCAGCACUGACACCGUGCCUGCCUGGCCUGCAGUGGACCCUCCGCAAAUGUGGAACGAAUGAACUGACUCGAGGCAGGGCCCUGCCCCCAGCCUGGCUGUGCUGCACUAUUCAGGAGCCCACGGCUCUGCCCCGACCACGGGGAAAGGUUGCCUGGACCUUUCUGUUGUCUGGGGACGACAGUAGUACGGCUGCAGGAACCUGGGCCGUGGACCAGGGAAAAGCAACCGUGAGGGGGAGGGGCAGGGUGCCCCUGAGAUCAGGACGGGCAGCUCCUCCCCUGACGCAGCCUGGCCCCCUCGUCCGGGCGGAGAAACCCCAGAACUGGCCAUCACGGGAAGUUCCUGAUGCCACCCUGGCCUCUGCAUCCAGAACGUACCUUGCCAAGGAAAUGAUCUCGUGUCAACACGAAAUCAGUCUCCCAUUUUUCAAAGACAAAAAGAAAUGCUUUUGCUGCAGGGAAGGCGGCAGCAGACUUAACUCCUGUGGCCGCCCCUGCUCCUGGAGCGUAGGUUGGAUCCCUGACCACAGCUGCCACUCCCCGCGGGCCCCAGGGUGCUCCCCUCUGGAGGAAUGUGCUGGCGGUCCACCUUGGCUCUCAGCCUUGGCUCAGAGCUCCCAGGAGGGAGGCCCAGCCCCCCGCUCUGGCUGAAGCUCCCCGCACCCAGCCCUGAGGAAACCGUUAGUGUGUGUGUUUUAAACACUUCUGUCCAAUCUUUAGUACUAGUGUUGUAUUAGGCGCCGGGAAUCCAGAGGGAAUCAGAUUGAGAGAAGAAACCACCUCUCUUCCCUCACACAUUAAGUUCAGAAAGGAGACGGACGUGGAAGUACACCCCCAGAGCAGAGGGUAACACAUGACCAGAUUUUGGAGGUCCCCUGAAGGCCGGAGAAGGAAAUGGCAACCCACUCCAGUAUUCUUGCCUGGGAAAUCCCAUGGAUGGAGGAGCCUGGUGGGCUACAGUCCAUGGGGUCACAAAGAGUUAGACACGACUGAGCGACGUCACUUUCACUGAAGGCUGGAAUGCCUGUAGGCAGUCUGGGAGCCCUCAAGUCACCCACACACUCAUUUGACAGGUAGACUCCAAGUGCAAGCCCAAAGGGGAUCAAAACAUAGUCUGAGGCCAUCAGGGACCUGGAGCCAAGAAGGGAGAGACUCUGCCGUGGAGAGGUGCGGGCCCUGCAGGGCUCAGAGAAGAGGCAGCGAUGCCCCGCAGGGGCCUGGCCGGGGCGGGACGGGGGCAGGGGCGGGCACUGGCCUGAGAACAAGUGGCCUUGGGCCAUGGGGCAGCGGGCCGGUGUGUGACAGGGAGGACCCCCACGGAGUGUGCAGGCAGUCUGGGGGGGUGGGAAGAGGGGUGGUCAGGGAAACAGCUCGGACCCGACCAGAGGCCCGUGAGCAUCACAGUGAGCAUCCUCACCGCUUUGAGGACUCGGGAUUGCUGGGUUUUGAAGAGUAUAGACUCAACCAGAACCCAGUGGCUCCCAGCGGAAUUAGGACGGCAGCAGUAACAGCGCGGAGGCCGGGCGGAAGGGGAGAGACACCCACAGACCCUUUCGGACAGACAGCUGCAGUGACAGACGGCCGGGACCGCAGGUACCGGUGAGCGGGAACGGGCACAAGGGCCUGGAGUCAGGCGCCCAGAGCUGUGCUGGGGCCUGACUGACAGCUCCCUGAGGGCCCCCAGCGGCCCUGCCCGGCUUUGGGAAGAGUGUUCACCGAGCAGGGUGCCUGGCCAGGGAGCACCGAUGCCAGCAGGCCGGGGGCCAGCCCGCUGCUCACCCCGGGCCAGGCUGGGGAGCCCUGAUGCAUGGGGCGCUUGGAAAACCGUGGCGGUGGCAGUGAGUGCCAGGGUCCCCCGGGCCCUCCCCAGGCAGCCCUUUUGGCUCACAGGGUAGACGCUCUGCUGGCAGCAAGGCCCUGGGUUGCCCGUUCCUCUCACCCCUCACCCGCUACUGGCGGCUUUUCCCCUGAGAGGAGUGCUCAGAGUCGUUCAGGUUCUCUCUCCCCUGCCCUUGGAGUUGGCCUGAGCUGCCUAAGGGGAAGGCGCCUAAAGCAGCUGUCUUGAGGGGUUGGAGGUGGGAGGGUAGAAUUUACCAGAAAGUCUGGAGAAAAGCAAGCUGGAUAGCAGCGAAAGCCUUGGUGGAGUCCCUGCUCAGUGCUGGGGAAUGCUGUCUCUCCGAGGAUGGACCGCCAGCACAUGCCGCCAUGCACCCGCCAGGACAGAGGGGGCUGCCGGGACGUUGGCACAGCUGGGUUGCCCAGACGGUGCCUGGAUGCCCAGCUUUGACCAGGCAAGCAGGGGGACAAGGCACUGGAUGGUGCGGCAGCAGAGAAAGUCUUGCAAAGAUAGCAACUGACAACAAAUACUGCCAAAAGUUCAAAACUAUCGAAGCCGCCCAAACUGCAAAGUCCCCAAGUGGCCAACAAACAGGCAAAGGAAACAAACCCGUCCAUAGUUUGGUGGAGCAGCCCUGGCCGCCUGGGAGCCUUGAUCAUAGCUGCCCACAGUCUUAAACCAUGCAACCUGCCAGUGAGGGCUGAGCACAAGUCAGAGUAAGGCCCUGCGGGGCGGGGCUCUUCCUGCAGAGUCCGGGUUACAGCAGCCACCACGGAGCACCCGCUGUGGACAGAUGCUUAACGGGCGUCAUCUCAUUCCCUCCGCCUGGCGCUGUGCAGGCUGGAUGUUUUCAUCCCUGUUUUGCAAGUCAGAAAACUGAGGAAAUGUGGGUGGCAAGGGAUUUAUCCACGGUCACACAGCUAGUGAAUGGCAGAACCGAGAUCUGAGCCAGUGUCAUCUGCCCCCUUCAAGAAGAUGCUCAGGCUCUUGGGGAAAGAGCAGGACCUUCCCUGUUCCUCCCUCGAGAUGCAGUCUGAAACGUCAGGCCGGGGCAGUUGGCUGCCCCCAGGGAAACAUGAGGGUAUCGGGCAUCCGGCCCCGCGAGAACAGUACGUGGGAAAGUGGGACAUUAAGAGGAGACAGAAUGCCUUCGAAGGAACACUUGAAAAUUGUCUUCCUCGUGUGCAUUUAGAAAGUGACAUAAACAGAAGAAUGAUGGAGAGAGAGAACACAGCUUUGAAAAGGUGCCGAGCGGAACGUUUGUCUUCUAGACGCACCCUGUAGAGUGCCCUUGCUUUCCAAACACCAGACAUGGACCCUGUCCCAGGCCCAGGCCCAGGCUGUCCCUACUAGGCUGUGUGAGACAGGAAGAGGCAGACAGCACCGGCUCUCUGGGCUGUCUCUGUGGGAUGCAAGACCAGCCUGCCUCUGGUGUCCAAGGGGUUGAAGGCUAAGACUCCCAGAUUCCAGUCCAGGACUCACUCUUAACCACCUGAGCAGUCUCAGCGCUCUAGGCUGAAGUGUGAAUUAGGAUUGUGUGGGGCAUCUUAUCUAGCUUCCAAGUCCCUGACUUAUUCUUUUUUUUUUUUCCUGGCUGCACCAUGCGGCCUGUGGGAUCUUAGUUCCCAGGCCAGGGAUCGAACCCGUACCCUGCCGCGCCCCCCCCCCCCCCCCCCCCCCCCCGGAAGCACAGAGUCUUAACCACUGGACCACCAGGGAAAUUCACUUGAUUGAUUCUUGCAAUGAGGGGUUGGCCACCGCAUUGCUUCUGCCCAUAGCUAGAAUCCGCCGGGUCCUCCUAGCUCUGGCCUGCCUGACUCAGGCCCAGGCCAGCGGCUGAUUCCCUCCCUUCUGCUUU